AUGGUGCCUACGCUCGACUACAUAUUAGUAUCGGAGUUCGACAAACUCAAGGGAGUGGUUGUGAAAAGGCAGUUCCCUUCAUCCCCGGCCGUUGACCAGCUGGAUGGGGUCAUUGACCUGCUUAUGCCCUUGAACCUGCAUAAGUAUCUAAACACUAUUCAUUACACUCUGGUCCCCCUGUUCAUUGAUCCUCUGUCAGGGAUGCUGUCUUGGGAGGCACGGACCGAAAGCUACAAGAGAGUUUACCUCUACACGUUGAGUUAUUUCCAAGAAGACCGAUCCUACAGAAAUGGCACCGCUAUGGCUUUGUCAAUCCUAACUCGCCUGCCACUAUUUGAGAUUUUCAAACCACUAAUGACCUAUUUGCUUCAUAAUCAGAUGGCAGCAUCUGAAAACGCUGAUAUCAUUGAGCUGACCCUCAAGGAACUGAACAAGAUUAGAAUCGCUGAACUCAUAGACGAACUUAGGUUAAACAAGCAUGCAAGAUUUUUGCUAAGCCGUCUUGAUGACCUGGACGUUUCUGUGCCUUCUCGCUUGACAGAGUUUACCAAAUCUGACCGCUUCUUUAGGUCCGCUCUGAAUCUUGGCAAGAUCAAGUUUCCUCUUCAAAUUCCGGCAUUACCCCUAGUGUCGUCGUCGUGUGCUAUGUACGGUAUUGACUUGGCCAGAGAACGACUUCUGAGGGAGUUUCUCAUUAAAGUGAGCAAUCUAGAACUGAUUCUUCCGAAACACUCGUCUUUGGUACCAUAUUCCUCGAUCGAACCACUACAUGUGAUUUUCAACGCUAUCCUGACCAAAAAGAAAAUUGUCCUCUACUCCUACGACUCAUGCUAUAACGACCUGAUGGAUAUCGCCCAGGCCCUUCUUCUUCUUGUUGAUGGCGAUUAUCCAUGCUAUCCGAUUCUAGACCUUGCCGCCUUGGACAUUCCUUUGCAGCUGCCCCACUACAUUGUCGGCACAUCUAAUCUACUAUUCAAAGACCGUCUGCCUUGGGAUUUAUUUCUUAGUCUCGACUCUAAUCAGUUGUUAGUUCGAGAAGAAGAAGAUAUCAUUGAAAAGAAAGCUUCAAAACGGGUAUCGACGGACUCUAAAUUCAGACAGCUGUUUAGAAAGAGCACUCCAUCGGUCUCGACAAUCAAAGAGGGCAUUGAUCACAUAGUGCUGGAUAAUUCCUGGGACCCAACAUUUCCCGUGGUUGAUCCAGAAGCUGACAAAGAGUUUUUCGCGCCAGUGACUGAACCAAGCUUCUUUUCUACAGGAUUCAGUUUUACGCCCUCUAUCCCUUCAAAUGCCGAGCCACCCCGUAUUCACACUCAGAUAAACGAGUUGGUAGAAAAACUUGUGGAGGAGCAUCAUGGAGACCUGACGAUUUAUCAAGCAUUGACGAAGUACCUCUACGAGCUUGAAUCUGUUGUUUUCAAAGCAUUCAAGUUUUACAUUAAUUUAAGCAAGCUGAAAAGCUAUAGACAUUUUGCUCUUCUAAAGCUGCAGGAACCGGAGUUCGAAGAUUACACAUUGAUUCCAGAACUGCGACUAUUCAUCAAAGAAAAUCAGAUUGUUCUCCCGCUGGCCAUUAAUUAUCCAUACAAAGAGGAUAUGCCGCCACCAAUUAACAACAAACUGCUGGACUAUUAUACUUCAGUUAUGAGUCAAAACCACGGUUUAUUCAAGACUUUCGAAAAAACAGAGUUGCCCACUGAUACCGUGUAUUACUGGCUUGACGGGUAUUGUUUUGAGCUAGAUCUUAAUCUUUUGUCGAAAGAAGUUUCUCAACUUCUUGAAAGGGGGAAAGACGUUGGCCUUCCAAAACGCAAACUGUACCAGCUCUUCAGAGCCAUCAAUCAGCUCCUGAAGUCCAAAUCCACUGAAGGCCUUGAAAAGUUCCUCGCGGCAUUGUACGUGCAAUCUGGUGGCUUUGAGUCCUUUGAGAACCUGCUUAUAAUUGCCUCACUCUACAUUAGCAAACCCCGCAACAAGAAUGAUGUGGUGAUUACCGAAUUCAAGCGGUUUCUCAGUCUGAUACUAAAUCACCAGUUCUUCACAGUUUAUAUGCUUCCGCGUUUGAAUGAUUUCAUCAAGCUUAGCAUAAAUGACUUUAUAGAUCAUCACAUGUACUAA